CUGUUGUGUUGUGUUUGUGUUCCUAGCAUUACAAUAGCUGGGUGUGGGAGGUCACAGUGGUAGUAGGAAGGCAGCAAACCGCUAUGGCGUGUUCUGGCGACCCGGCGGAAAGGAUUUGCCAGCUGUAAUCUGCGAUAGGCUUUCCGUUCUCAGUGGGGCCAAGACAUCUUUUCCAGCGAUGGAGUCUGCACUCGUUUGAGUCACACUUGUAAUUACUGUUGGGUGCGAGGCACGCGAAUUACAAAUUUAUGGAGUUGUUGGCGAGUGUAUGACGUUCAUCAGUGUACAUAGACAAAAUUACGCAAACAGCAAUGUGGUUAACAUGUGUGGUCUACGUCUCCAUUGUUUCGGUGGCAGCCGCGUCUAAGGUAUGUCGCGGAAACACGUGUGGGUCGUGCAUCACAGCUGACAAGUCAUGUGCGUGGUGCACACAGGCGAACUUUUCCUCCGACGCCUAUGAUAGAUGUGACACUGUUCCAAAACUGAAUAAAUCUGGUUGUGCCAGCGAGUUCAUCGUAUCCCCUAAGAACAUCGUGAAUCUCACGCAGAACGAUAAUGUCGCGGACGGAAACUUGGGCAACGACUCUAUUCAGCUCCAGCCGCAGCUUGUGAAUAUAAAACUCAGACCAAAUACCAAAGAAGUUAUCACCUUAACGUUUCGCACAGCCAGAAACUAUCCCGUCGACUUGUAUUUCCUGUUUGAUCUGUCCAACACGAUGGAAAAACACAAGAACAAAUUAGCAACAUUAGCAGAGAAACUAGCAUUGGCGAUUAAGAAGAUCUCCUACAACUACCAAAUGGGUUUCGGUUACUUCCAAGACAAGGUGAUAAUGCCCUUUACGAGCACAGUGCCGGCAGCGCUUCAAAACCCAUGUAUUCUGGUUGGAAAAACAUGCGCCCCGCCAUUUGGUUACAGACACAGAUUGCCACUGACGACUGAUCUGAAUAGUUUUAUCAAAGCUAUCGAGGGAUCCAACGUCACUGGUAACAUGGAUGUCCCCGAGGGAGGCUUGGACGCCAUCAUGCAGGCGGUGGCUUGUGAGUCUGAAGUUGGCUGGCGAGAAGUAGGUCGACGACUGUUGAUAUAUGCAUCAGACACGACAUUCCAUACGGCUGGUGACGGUCGUUUGGCGGGGAUUGUGAUACCCAACGACUGCAAGUGCCACGUGAAUGGGACUGGUUUUAAUACAGCGGAACUCUACCUGGAUUACCCGUCUGUGGGGCAGAUUUCGCAGAUGGUAGGCUCGAAGAACGUCCUCACCAUAUUUGCAAUUCCUGAUGGGAGUCAUCGAAGCGUGGAUGAAGCUUACAAGGAACUGAGCCAGCGAAUGCGAGGCUCUAGCGUGGUUAAACUCAACAAAGAUUCGUCCAAUAUCGUCAAGCUGGUGAAAACAGAAUAUGAGAAAAUUAUUUCUAAAGUUGAACUGAAAGUCAAUGGAUCAGAAGGCAUCAAUAUUGUUCUACGAUCUGAGUGCACGUAUUACAGGGGCAAGACGAAGACGAACACCUGUGAUAAUCUCAGUCCUCAAGGAGGAGAGGUAACCUUUGACGUGGAGAUCUCUACCACGUCGUGUCCUGAGAAGAAGUCUGACAGACGAAAGACAGUCACCAUACAACCAGUAGGCCUGGCCGAGAAACUCACGCUCCAGAUCGACAUUAUGUGUGAGUGUGAGUGUGAGCAACCAAAUAUGGAAGAGCGGAACAGUCCGAAAUGUAGUUCGGGUAACGGAACGUUCGAGUGUGGGAUCUGCUCAUGUAACACGGACCGCUAUGGGGCACUGUGUGAGUGCAGCAGAGUGGACGUCACCAGUGGGGGAAACCGCCAGGCCUGUAUUGCCAGUGCCAACUCGACGGUAGAGUGUAUGAACCGGGGGGAGUGUCAGUGUGGGACGUGCGAGUGUAAACAACCGUACAGCGGGACGUUCUGUGAAUGUAACGACGAAGGUUGCCCACGAUUUAACGGUGCCAUUUGUGGAGGACCAACACGAGGACAGUGUGUAUGUGGUGAGUGCGCAUGCUCAGACGACUACACCGGUGACGACUGUAGCUGUUCCCUGACCAAUGAAACAUGCAUCGGCGAGAACGAGAAAGUGUGCAGUGGUAGAGGAACAUGCACGUGCGGAAAGUGUCUUUGUGAAGGAGGAUACGUCGGUAACUGCCAGACAUGCCCAACUUGUCCAAGUGUCUGUUCAUCCAUGCGUCCAUGUGCCGAGUGUGUAAUGGCGGAGGACGAAAUCUACAGAAUAGCCGAGUGUGCCGACCAGUGUAGUGACACUGUUAAUAGCAUCGUCAUUGCAGACGAACUUCAAGGUGAUGUGACAGAAAAUAUCUGCGAAGGGAAGGACGUUAACAAAUGUAUAGUGCAGUUUUGGUUAGUGCAUCAUGGCUCUGGCAACACAACAAUGUAUAUCGUGGGACGAAAAGAAUGUCCGCGCGAGGUGGAUCUGCUUCCCAUCAUUGCUGGAGUCAUUGGGGGUAUCGUCGCCGUCGGCCUACUGCUGCUGAUUAUCUGGAAACUGCUCACCUCGAUGCUCGAUGGAAUAGAGUAUGCGCGCUUUAUCCAAGAAAGUAAAAACGAAAAGUGGGCCAAGGAGAUCAAUCCAAUAUACAAAGGACCAACGACCACAUUUCAAAACCCCAUGAUGGAGGAGCGCAUGCCACUCAACGACGAAUAGCAGCAGAAUAUCGUUAAUCCAGAUGUGAUAUCCAAUCAACGACAACUUUAGAUUAAACCAAUAGUUUUCAGUGACACAUACGAGUGUUCAGUAAAGCGUUUCUUCGUAAAACGUUUGCAAACUAGUCCUAUGGUUUCGGAAAUGGCCAUUCGGUUAAUGUGUAGCAAGCGCUAAGGUAGCAGGGAAGUAAAUUGACCUAUCAACGUUGUGUAGUACAUUGUAAGCACAGGAAAUGUUUCAAAAUAGUAUUUUAGUAGUUGGCAAGUAAGUAAUACAUUUUAUAUUUGGCAGGAUGGCACCUGUGUAUGUUGCUCACACGUUUGUUAAAUGGUAUAUUAUUUUUCAUCACCUCUUUCUGUGUACCGAGUAUGAAUACAAGCUGGUGUGUAGUGACUUCCUAGCAGCCGUGAAAAGGCAAAUUACUCCUGGCUUGGACACAUCCACCGGGGAAUCUCGUAGAAAGUGCCCAAGACAGUCGUACUUGAAUCUUCAGUGGAUGUAAGCACGAGUCAAAUGGUUGACUGAUUGACGGAAGGCAAAUUAGGGGGUGUCUUCAAACGUGAAAGCUUUUCUCCAGAUUUAGAAUAAAAUAACACCUAGUUCAGAUACCUUUAAAGCACAAACUAUGGACUGGUUAUUAUGUGAUUAACCCAGAAAAAUUAAUGUUCUCCACUGUUUUGCAUUUAUGUUAAUAUGGUGGGUAGUGUAUUAUGAUUUACUUCCCUGCUACCUGAAUGAUAAACGGCUCUUCUAAUACAUAUGCAAAUUACUAUAAUAACGUAGAUAAACCUUGUUUGUAUAUAAAAAAGCUUAACAAGUUAGAGUCCUAAGCACAUUUUAAUUAUACGUAAUCAUGUAGGAAAAAAUUCAGUUUAAUCACAUGAUAUUGUCACAAGUAUUAUUUGCAUAAGAUAUCUGAAAACAAUGCAUAUGUAAAUGCGAAUAAAAUUUCUUGUAUGUGCAUGUUUGUCUAUAGAUAUUAACAUUGCCAAAAUCAUGUGGGAUUUUAACUUGUACGUAAUUAGCAUUAAAAUGUAUAUCAAAAUACUGACAUGGUUUAUCACUAUAACACGAAUUGAUAUAGAUGCAUUGUUAUUGUAGAUUUGUAUAUACUGCUUUUGUAUCGUGUUGACGUGAUUGAAUUUAUAGUAGAAUUAUUUUAUGAACUUUUAUCACAGACCGUUUUUGCUGUUUUUAUUUUUGGUAACAUUUCUUAAAAUAUAUCACAGUAUAUACCAUGUCUCUCUAAGCUUUCUCAAUCGUGGUUGAUGUAUUGAAAUUAUUCACUGGUUAGAGAGACCACUAUUUAAUGCCCAUUCUGUAACAGUAUUACACCUCAACGUUUAUAAUAAUGAUACUUGUUUUGUAUUUUUAUUCAUUUGCAAAUACUAGUAUGCGUCCGUAUGUCUCUUUCUAUUUGUAUGUGUGUGCGUGUGUGUGUGUGUGUGUGUGUGUUAGUGUAUGUGAAUGUGUGUUACAUGUGCAGUGUUUUUUGUGUGUGUUAGUGUAUGUGAGUAUAUGUUGCACGUGCAGUGUUGUGUGUGUGUGUGUGUGUGUGUGUGUGUGUGUGAAUCAUUCUAAAUCGAUAAUUACUAUUAUUUUAAGAAUCCAUAUGCUACAUGACUAAAUAUUAUCUCUUUGUAUUGUAUAUUAUUGUAUACAAUAACUUAUUGCAAAUAAAAUGUAAUUUUAUAUAA